UCUCACAACGCUUCUGAGGCUCUUGGAGGGAGGACGGAUAAACGGCGCUGACGGUAUCGGAUUAGACACCCGAAGGAGGGAGGGAUGCUACGGUGAUUUCCCAUCUUUUCUUCCUCCAAUACCCACUUCCCUCUCACCAACACCACCUCCGCAUCUCUCCAGUUUCGGGAUCUUAUUAAGACACACGGCUGCUCAGUCUUGUUUCUUUUCUUUUCUUUUCUUUUUCUUUUUUUUUUCUUAUUUUUUCCACCUCUUUUGUAGGCUAUUCAAAUUAAAAUCUGCCUGGUUGGUUUGGUGCUUUUUGACUCUGCACUCCAGUGGGAAGCAACUUGAUUCUGCUUUAAAUUUCUUUUUAAUCCCUUCUUUUCCAAGCGCACACAAGCAGAAAAAGACAUAACAAAUCCACACUGGGCUUUCAUUCAGUGGAUGUGUUGGACAUCUGGUAAAAGAAGCAAUACUUCCUGAGAAAAGUGACCAUUUUCUUCUGGGCUGUAUGUUUUGGGGACAUUUCGUUGGAGAAGGGGUCUGCGCACGGAAUCUCACUUCCAAGGCUGACCUGUGUCACAGUGUAGGAAGGAAAAUCUCCAUCUUAUCCACCACUGUGAUGAGCCAUAAGGCUCCUUGACUGAAAGACAGAAGGAGGAAACACAAUUUAAGAGGCAAGAAGGCAGAAAAGUUGAGAACGAAGGCAGUAACAUAGCAAGUCUGAUGAGUAUCUGCAGAGCAUCUACAGGCCUCAUCUGAACAAAUGUACUAGGAGGGUCUCAAUCAACAUUUCGUUAAGGAAACACAGGAUACCGCCUCAGUGGGAGCAGAGCUCCACUGAGAGGAACAAGAAAGUCAAAGGCGGAGAGAAGUACACGGUUACUCAGGCUGGGCAAGAUGGCGAUGCUAACAAUGAAGCGGCAGGGCUUUGGGCUACUGAGGGGCCUCCUGGUGAUGUUGGGAGUUUCUCUGCUCUGUAGCGUUGCAUUAGGAACCAGGAAAGGAAACACUUCCUUGGAUCACAGGCGCCACAGACACAGGCAUCCAGGUCAUUUAUCGCUGCACAGACACAAGCAGAGGACAGGGAAGGAAGGGCAGGUUCUCCACAGGUCCAAACGUGGAUGGGUGUGGAAUCAGUUCUUUGUCAUUGAGGAGUACACUGGGCCAGACCCGGUUCUAGUGGGCAGACUCCACUCUGAUGUAGACUCAGGCGAUGGUAACAUCAAAUACAUCCUAUCCGGUGAAGGUGCAGGAACUAUCUUUGUUAUUGAUGACAAGACAGGCAACAUCCAUGCCACAAAAACCCUGGACCGUGAGGAACAAGCCCAGUACACAUUAACAGCCCAGGCUGUGGCCAGAGACACUAAUAAGCCUCUGGAGCCUCCAUCAGAGUUCAUAGUGAAAGUUCAGGACAUCAAUGAUAAUCCGCCAGAGUUUCUACAUGGGCCGUACUACGCCAGAGUGCCUGAGAUGUCCAAUGUUGGUACGUCAGUGAUCCAGGUGACAGCUACAGAUGCAGAUGACCCCACCUACGGCAACAGUGCCAGACUGGUGUACAGCAUACUGCAAGGACAGCCAUACUUCUCAGUGGAGCCUCAAACAGGUAUAAUUCGCACUGCGUUGCCAAACAUGGACCGUGAGGCACGCCAGGAGUAUGAUGUCGUCAUCCAGGCCAAAGACAUGGGUGGUCACAUGGGUGGACUGUCAGGGACCACAGAGGUUAAAAUCACCCUCACAGACGUCAACGACAACCCUCCAAAGUUCCCACAGAGUGUGUAUUCCAUGUCUGUGUCAGAGGAUAAAGUGCCAGGAGAGGAGGUGGGCCGUCUUAAGGCUAAAGACCCUGAUCUAGGAGACAACGGACUGGUGAACUAUCGCUUAAUAGAUGGAGAUGGAAUGGGUGUUUUUGAACUGACAACCAACUCGGAGACAAGAGAGGCUGUUAUUAAACUGAAGAAGCAAGUGGACUUUGAGACAAAGCGAUCGUACACUUUGAAGGUAGAGGGAUCCAAUCCACAUGUUGACUCCCAAUUCAUUGCUUGGGGACCGUACAAAGAUGAAGCCACAAUUAAGAUAUCGGUGGAGGAUGCAGACGAGCCUCCUGUUUUUGUAGCUCCAUAUUACACUUUUGAGGUGGAGGAGAACGCACCUCAAGGCACUCUGGUGGGACGAGUUCACGCCAAGGACACUGAUGUUGCCAACAAUCCUGUGAGGUACAUGAUCCCUCGGUACACGGAUGUAGAACAGUUCUUCAGCAUUUCAGAGGAUGGUUUGAUAACCACAACAAGACCUCUGGACAGAGAAACACAGGCCUGGCAUAACAUAUCUGUGUCAGCCAUAGAGAUUGGAGGCCACCACCAGGACACCAAAGUCCGCGUUAACAUCAAAGUAAAAGACGUAAAUGACAACCCCCCAGAGUUUGCUACCAACAACGAAGUCCUCAUGUGUGAAACUGUAGCACCAGGAAAGGUUAUUGAAACAGUCAGUGCAGUGGACAAAGACGAGAUGACUGACAGACAAUACUUCACGUACAGCCUUCCUCCAGAAGUUACCCACAACCACAACUUCUCCCUUAAAAGCAAUAGAGAUGGCACAGCCAGUAUCUAUGUUCUCCGCAAAGGAUUUAGCCGUCUCACCCAGGAUGUUUACUAUCUUCCCAUCGAGAUAAAUGACAAUGGCUUCCCCUCUAUGAGCAGCACCAACACCCUGACCAUCCGAGUUUGUUCCUGUGACAGCAAAGACACCAUCCUCUCCUGUAAUGUGGAGCCAUACGUCCUACCAGCUGGUCUCAGCACUGGAGCUCUGAUAGCUAUACUGGCCUGCAUUGUCAUUUUGCUUGCAAUAGUGGUGCUGUUUGUUGCACUGAGGCGUCAGAAGAAGGAGCCCUUGAUAGUGUUUGAGGAGGAGGACAUCAGGGAAAACAUUAUCACUUAUGAUGAUGAGGGUGGUGGCGAGGAGGACACUGAGGCUUUUGACAUCGCUACACUGCAGAAUCCAGAUGGUGCCAAUGGUUUCCUGCCAAGGAAGGAUAUCAAACCAGAACUUCAAUAUCCCCUCAGGCCUGGCAUCGGGCGUCCUGCAGCCAACAGCGUUGACGUCGAUGACUUCAUCAAGACUCGAAUUGCGGAGGCCGACAGUGACCCGACUGCACCUCCCUACGACUCUAUUCAGAUCUAUGGCUACGAAGGCAGAGGAUCACUGGCUGGGUCACUGAGUUCACUCGAGUCUGUCACAACAGAGUCUGACUUGGAUUAUGACUAUCUGCAGAGUUGGGGGCCGAGGUUUAAGAAGCUGGCAGAUUUGUACGGGACCAAAGACUGCUCCAUUAAUGAUGCUGAUGAAGGAGAGGACUCUUAACGGUGGUCUUCCUCAGUGGAUCCCACAGAUUUCUGAUUUACUGAUUCCAUGAGGAUUUGUUAACUGAGGGUUAAGAUUCCCCAGUUUCCAGUUGUUACCAUCUUCCAACUGAUCAGUUCAUGCCAAUUUGUCAAUGAACAUUAACAGCUCUCCCUUCCUGCGGCACCUCCCUGGUCCUUCAAGACCAUUUGUAAGUGGACACAUAAUGAAUGCUUGGACUUGAAUUGCUCCCAAAAUUCCCAAAUCUCUCAAGCCAGAUCUACGGCUCUUUCCCUCUGUUAAUUUCUACAGACUCGAGCAUUGCAGGGCUGGGAGGUUUAUGUCACCACUUUCUUUGUUUGGGAGCAGUUUGAUGGAAACAUUGUUGCUGUAUCAUCGGAAUGAUUUACUUUAAGCAAAUCGAUGAGUGAAUUAGAAGUUCUACAAACAUUGAUGGACUGGAUUCAUAUGCAUCCUCAAUGGUUUCUGAGAGAUUUUAGUCCCUUAAAAGGUUCCUGAGUAGGGUAUGUUUCCCUUUCUUAAUCACUUAAUGGAAGAGGAAAAGCAAGAUGAAAGUUAACUUUAAAACAAAAAUCAAAGUUUGUUUGGAUCCAGCAACUGCCCGCUAAGAGAUAUGAAAUCUAAAGAUGUGUCAGUAGAGUUAAAUUUGUUGUUUUAUCUGCUGAAUUCAGCAGGUGCUGUUGUUUAGAUGGCGUGACAGACUCUGGGUUGUUGAUACUUUGAAGAUGCUCACAGCAUCUUCACAGUAUGGUGGCCUUAUAAUAAUUAAACAACAACUCCAGGGGUAAACACAACAACACUGAAGAUAGAGACCGCUAGUGUCAGUAGCAACACAGACAAAUGAACACACAUGGACUAUAGGAGCAUCUGUGAAAAUGCUACACAAAUACAUUUUUUUCUACUCCCAAACAGAGACAGACCCAACAUGGAUUCAAUUUUAAACUGUGGAUGAUUAUUUGUUUUUACUCUUGACUGCAGAGAAGACGUGAAAAAGAAAAGCCACCCUUCUCCACAACCCUGGUGUCCAAAAUCUUUUCAUCAGCAAUCAUUUCCCAUCUCAAGUCCACCCAUGAAUGAUCACCUCCACCAAUGAUGACAAUGAGUAUAAACCUGUGAGCUCUAAAAAUCGCCUUAAACUUAACGGACACUCUUGCAACGCAGUGCAUUCUCCUUUUUUGUUUCUCCUUUUAUUUCUUUUUUGUAACUUGAAACAUGUAUUCAGAAAGCAAACUAUUCUCCAUGUAAGGUGUGUACAGAGCAACGUGCAGAUGUGUGGUAUAUCACUCUGAGGAUCCAACCUGCGCCUCAUGCACUCUUAAAAGAGGAUGUGCUGUUUCUGCAAGCAUGGUAAAUGUAGACUGGUAAAAAUGUGCAUUGUGAUUUUUUCCCUAAUACCAUGUUAUGUUGGCAGCAACAUCUGUUGUAUCAACAUGUGUUGCCAUUUAAAUAAAAUGUGCACAUAGGAAAAUACAACAUGAUUUAGAAAGGCUGAAACCAGAACAUCCUUUUUAAGUGUGUAAGUUUUUGUUCAGUCUCUUUUUAAUGUUAUUAUAUUAUUAUGAUUAGUGUUGUUUUUAUUAUUAUUGUUAUCAUUAUUAUGACAAUAACUGUUUUUUCAUUUUUUGUUGGUUUGUUUUUUUUGGCUGCAGCUACACAGGAAAACUGAUAUUUAACUCUGCAGCUGAGGCUGGAUGUACUUAGAGUCAUCUAAACAGACAGUUUGCAGGUGUAAGAAAUUUAUUACUAAUAGUUAAAUAUCAGGUUUUGCCUUCUGUGUGCACAAAACAUUUCUCCUCUCUUUUGUUUUGGUUUAUUUCUAUCAUUAUUUGGCGUUUCUUCGUUCUUUCUCCCUGAUUAAGAGGAAAACUAGCAAUCUGUGUUUGUUGCAGUGAGAGAACGCCUCAUUUUUAUUCUCUGUCAAGUUUUAUGGUACCAAUUUGUACAAUUUUAAAAGUUCUUAUUUUAGUAUACAUGCAGAAUAUUCCAGUAUUACAACAAAAACAUGUUAAGAAGAUUUAAAAGAAAAAAAAGUUACAGCAUCACACUUAUAUUUUCUGAACAUUGUACUGUUGCUUUACUAUGUGCUUCAAUCUCCGAAGCAGAAAAAAAAGAAAAAAAAACUUUGAAAUAAAUGCUCUUUUUAUAAAAUGAUAUUAAACUGUGU